AUGCUGAUCGCCAUAUUCAGGCGCUUUGGUGCCACCAACGCCUUAGACCUCCUGUACAGACAGGCAGAAAUAGUGCAGAUGGAGACGCAACUCCGCGACCUUCAAGCAAAUGAUGCCAAAACCGAAGCUACAGCGUGGUACGCCAGGAAUUCGUACUUCCUUAGCGAUGAUGACAGUGAGCAGUGGAAAUUAUUCCAAGAGCUACGCGUAAAACUCAAAGAGUAUAACGAAGCUCUCGCCUUGCAGAUCACAAUCCUUUCGGCCGACACGCCCAGCGACUACGACCUCCACUGGCUACAACAUUUCCUCUGGUCCGAAAAGAUGGAGCCCGGGAUUUCAGGAGUUGAUCGCAACAUCUGGGGCCACCACGAAAAGCCGGACGAGCACGCACCAGACUUGGUGAGCUUGCUUCCACAGCGGAAUGAGGACUUCUUUUCAAAGUGGAUGACCGAGCACGUCGUAACGCGGCUGCUGAAACUGGACAAGGGACGCGAACCUGACAAAAAGCGCGGCGUUGUGAGCUACGAGAGCGACAAAGUGCUCCGAUGGACGUUUGCUUUCUCGACUGCCAUCGCGUCUGUGCUUCCUGUCUUGUCAAUCGCCAUCCUAUACGCUGUGCGGUCUCAAAAAGUGCGGCUCGCUCUCAUUGCUAUUUUCAAUGUCGCGUUGGCUUUUGCCAUUUCCCUGCUGGCAUCACCUCGCAUUGUCGAUACCUUCACGGCAUCAUUCGCCUUUAGUGCCAUCAACGUAAUUUGGUUCAGCAGCUCCAAUGGAACAGAUGGGACUUGA